AUGACAUUUGUUAAAUACUAGUAUACAAAUUUGAUUGAUUGACUGAUUGAUGUUAUAUGGGCCUCGACUGCUAUGAUCAUUGGUCAGUACACAAAUUUAAAUGAUUUCAAAUCGAGAUAAAUACACUCAAGAGGGCGGUAUUUAAGAUAGCGACUGCGCAAUCAAUCGAAAUAGCAUAAUGUUGUACACAUGCAUAUGUAUACAUGUGUAUAGGUGUAGUAUAUACAUAUAUGUAUAAGGUGGGGAUAGUCUGGUAUUUGUCUCACUUCAUUCCUUACUCGGUGUUUAGUGAGUUCGCGUUCAUAGAAGACUCACGAUAUGUUUAAUCGUUCUUGAGUCGUGAACUGUAGUAUUAGUAAGGAAAUAUGCAGUAUUUGGUAUAUCACCCCUAUUCGUGAAAGAACGCUUAGUGCAGUGCCUGCAUGUGAAUGCGCCUCGAUUUUGUAUUUUUCCCAUAUUUCGUCGUACAGUUUUCAAUAUGUGUCAGUGAAUUUUUCCAAGUAAAUCUAUCAUCAAUCUAAUCAAUUGUAUGAAAAAUGUCGAAGCCCGGUGACAAACAAAGCUACGCGCAGACAUAUAAACUUGUUGUCGUAGGUGGGGGUGGUGUCGGAAAAUCUGCGAUCACAAUACAAUUCAUUCAAAGCUAUUUUGUAACUGAUUAUGACCCAACCAUCGAAGAUUCUUAUACCAAACAAUGUGUUAUUGAUGAUAUACCUGCAAAACUUGACAUAUUAGAUACUGCAGGUCAAGAAGAGUUUAGUGCAAUGCGAGAACAGUACAUGAGAAGUGGCGAAGGUUUUCUCCUUGUAUUUGCAGUAACGGACCAUUCAUCUUUCGAUGAAAUAUUGAAAUUUCAUAGACAAAUUCUUAGAGUAAAAGAUCGUGAUGAAUUUCCUAUGCUUAUGGUUGGGAACAAAGCAGAUUUGGAUUAUCACAGAGUUGUGUCAGUCGAAGAAGCUCAAAAUAUGGCUCGUCAAUUAAAAAUACCUUAUAUAGAGUGCAGUGCAAAAUUAAGAAUGAAUGUAGAUCAAGCUUUUCAUGAAUUAGUAAGAAUUGUUAGAAAAUUUCAGUUAUCUGAAAGACCACCGCUAAAGUUAAAUGAUAAAAAGAACAAAAAAAAGUGUUGUAUGUUGUAAUAUACAAUGUAUUCUUGAUCAGUUAAAUAUUACGAAAUGACUAAUUUAAUACGAAAAUUACAAAUUUGAUAAUGGCAAUUAUGAAAGCACAAAUGGUGGUAUAAUUUUAAGACACCAAUGAAUCUUGUCAAACGUAUUUAACUGUUCUAUGAGGAAUACCAAAAUGGCAUCUUUCUGGUAGCAAAACUUAUUUAUACAAACAGAAUUGCUAGCUCAUAAUUUUUACCAACGAAGAUAAAUUUUAUAUAUACAUGUAAUCCUAUUCUAACAAACUUUUUAAUAACAUGAUCAUUUCUUCUCACAAAAUGGGAUAAUAUACAGGGUGCCUUGAUUAUAUCCAAUCACUAUACUUUUCCGUCUUCUACAGCAAAACGAUAAUAACAUUAUAUUUGAAAAUUGGUAUUCGGAAUUAUUUUAAUUGCAGAUUGCUACAUUAUUUAACCAUUACUACAUACUAAAAUGUAUUGUGUUAGAAAUUCUGCUUUACCUGUGGUUUAUUUAUAACCACUCUUCUGAUAUUGAUUAUCGUAUGAUAUCUUAUCAGCUACUUAUGUUGCAAGAGAUAUUUGAAUGGUCUUUUACUUUUACUGUGACCAUUUCUCCUUUCUCUUCACAUUUUUUACACGUUUAAUUGUUUUUAUUGAAUAUUUGAUUCAAUUAGAUGUGCAUACAUUUUGUCUUUUAGAAACCUCUUGAAAACAAGUAUGUGAUGCCCUGUAUAUUAUGUAUAAGAUGUUUAGUCUAACAUUCAAUUGUAUAUAACCAGGUAAACAGCUAUCUAUUUGGAAAAUCAAUUUUGACCUUUUAUAGGAAAAUUAUUUUAAUACAAAAUAUUUUAGAUACAACGUUAUACCUCUUUAAUCGUUGAUUCUGUGUUCUAAGGAUAGAUAUAUUUUUUUGUAACAUAGUUCUUUUACGAAGUAGCUAAUAAUAAAAUAAUUGACUAAUCAAUUUACAUUAAUGAAGAAAAGAGUAUUGUAUGUAAAAUAUUAAAAUAAUGUUCUUAUUUUCUUAUCUCACACAUACUAGAUCAUUUCUAAUUUAUUAUUAAAAUUAUAAUUUAAACAAUGGACGCACGUCCUCAUUUUUAUGCCUUUUACAUUUAUUAUAUUAAAAUGUAUAAAACAUAUGAAAAAUAAGUUUUUUUAUGUACUAACAAUAGCACUAGUGAAUAAUAAAUUAGUACAACUCUCAAGUACAUAAUAUAAUAUAAAAAAUGUUAGUAUUCUGAAUGCUGCACCUAAAAAAAAAUAUAUACAAUAUACUAAAAUGAAAUUAUAGUGGAUAAUAUAAAAUAAUAAUGAAUUAUUUUAGAUUAUUAUGUAACAUUUUGCAUAAUUUCUAACAAACUAUUGACAGUAAUACAUAAUUAAAAAACAAAUGUUUGCAAUAUUUAAUAAGUUUCAAAUGAUAAACAAACAAUUAAAAAAAGAUAACAGUUCGUAGUAUGUAAUUAUGUCUCCAACCAGGAAAAGAAGAAUAGUUUUUGGUUUUUAAAUGUUUUUGAAG